CUGGCGAGGCCUUGCGUCACCAGGAGCUCACCUUCUCAUUUGCCUUUGCUCCACCUUCUCCACCGCCGGGUCUCCUCUGGGCCCCACUACCGGGAGAGAGCUUUCCUGCCGGAAAGCAGCUCGCGGCUGCGGCAAUUUACGACAUCGGUUGUGACAGGCCCUGGGAACAUCGACUUCCUCCCUUCAGCCGAGCUAAAGCCGACGUGAUGUUCGGGGCCGGAGACGAAGAUGACACCGACUUCCUCUCGCCAAGCGGCGGUGCCAGGCUGGCUUCUCUUUUUGGAUUGGAUCAAGCAACUACGGGCCAUGGAAAUGAAUUCUUCCAGUACACAGCCCCAAAGCAGCCUAAGAAAGGCCAGGGAAUAGUGGCCACAGGAAAUCAGACAGCACCAAAACCAGCAACAACCACCACAGGCACUUCGUCAGUACUGUUUGCAACUGCAGUGCACGCAUAUCGAUACAUAAACGGUCAAUAUGCAAAGCAGGGCAAAUUCGGAGCUGCUGUCCUGGGGAACCACACAACCAGAGAGUAUAGGAUUCUUCUUUACAUCAGUCAGCAGCAGCCAGUGACUGUUGCUACAAUUCAUCUGAACUUUGAGCUAAUGGUUCGGUCCAAUAACUACAGCACCUUUUAUGAUGACCAGAGACAAAACUGGUCUAUCAUGUUUGAGUCAGAGAAGGCUGCUGUGGCGUUCAAUAAACAGGUGUGUGUGGCCAAAUGCAAUAGCAGUUCUUCCUUGGAUUCAGUGCUGUGUCAGGACCUGGUUGCAGCAGAGGGUCCUGCUGUAGAUACUGGAGAUUCUUUGGAAGUAGCCUAUACAGGCUGGCUCCUUCAGAAUCAGAUGCUGGGCCAGGUUUUUGACUCUACUGCUAACAAAGAUAAACCUCUUCGCCUGAAAUUAGGAUCAGGAAAAGUUGUCAAGGGCUUAGAGGAUGGACUACUGGGCAUGAAGAAAGGAGGAAAGCGGUUAAUUAUCAUUCCUUCAGCCUGUGCUGCUGGCUCUGAAGGAGUAAUAGGCUGGACUCAGCCAACAGACUCAAUCCUGGUGUUUGAGGUAGAAGUUAGGCGGGUGAAGUUUGCUAGAGAUUCUGGCUCUGAUGGCCACAGUAUGAGCUCCCGGGACUCUGCAGCCCCCUCCCCUGUACCUGCUGCUGACAGCCUCCCAAGUGACCCUGUUGUGACACCACCCAUAACACUGCCUCUCAAAUCCGGGGAGCCGGCUCUUCGUUCCAAAUCUAACUCUCUCAGUGAACAGCUUACUGUAAAUACAAGUCCUGAUACAGUCAAGGCCAAGCUGAUCUCUCGGAUGGCUAAAAUGGGCCAGCCCAUGCUGCCCAUCCUCCCACCACAGCUGGAUUCCAAUGACUCAGAGCCAGAAGAUACAACUGUUGUACGUGGAGCUGGGCAGUCCCUGGUGACACCAUCUGUCCAGCCUUCUCUUCAGCCAGCCCCUCCAGUGUUACCACAGAUGGCCACACAGGCUCCUCAGCCAUCUGUUUCUGGGUUCCAAACACCCUCUGCUACCUUGAUGCAAGUUGCGCCUCUUGAUUCCCACUCUGCUGUAUCUGGGAAUGCUCAGAACUUCCAGCCCUGUGCAGGUGUGCAAGCCUACACAUAUCCCCAGGCAUGCUCAGUCACCUCGCAGCUACAGCCUGUUCGGCCCUUAUACCCAGCACCACUGUCCCAGGCUCCCCACUUUCAAGGAUCAGGUGACAUGAUGUCCUUUCUCAUGACUGAAGCCCGGCAACACAACACUGAAAUUCGAAUGGCAGUCAGCAAAGUGGCUGAUAAAAUGGAUCAUCUCAUGGCUAAGGUUGAAGAGUUACAGAAGCAUAGCUCUGGCAGUUCUAUGCUUCUUCCUAACAUGUCAGUCACAAUGGAAACAAGCAUGAUUAUGAGCAACAUCCAGCGAAUCAUUCAGGAAAACGAGAGGCUGAAGCAGGAGCUCCUUGAGAAAAGCAGUCGGAUAGAAGAGCAGAAUGACAAGAUUAGUGAACUCAUUGAACGAAACCAGAGGUAUGUUGAGCAGAGUAACCUGAUGUUGGAGAAGAGGAACAACUCACUUCAAACAGCCACAGAAAACACACAGGCAAGAGUAUUGCAUGCUGAACAAGAGAAGGCCAAGGUGACAGAAGAGUUAGCAGCAGCCACUGCUCGGGUCUCUCACCUGCAGCUAAAAAUGACAGCUCACCAGAAGAAGGAGACAGAGCUGCAGGUGCAGCUGACAGAAAGCUUGAAAGAGACAGAGCUUCUCAGGGGCCAGGUCUCCAGACUCCAGGCCGACCUCGCGGAGCUCCGAGAAGCCUCUGAGCAAACACAGUCCAAAUUCAAAAGUGAAAAGCAGAGCCGGAGACAGCUGGAGCUCAAGGUGACAUCCCUGGAGGAAGAAUUGACUGACCUCCGAGCUGAGAAGGAGUCCCUGGAAAAGAACCUCUCAGAGAGGAAAAAGAAAUCGGCUCAAGAGCGCUGCCAGGCAGAGGAGGAGAUGGAUGAGAUUCGCAAGUCACACCAGGAGGAACUGGACAGACUUCGGCAGCUCUUGAAAAAGGCUCGAGUGUCCACAGACCAAGCGACUGCAGAGCAGCUGUCUCUCGCACAGGCCGAGCUGCAGAGCCAGUGGGAAGCGAAGUGUGAGCAUCUCUUGGCCUCUGCGAAGGAUGAGCACCUGCAGCAGUACCGGGAGGUUUGCGCGCAGAGGGAUGCCCAGCAGCAGAAGCUGUCCCGCCUUCAGGAUGAGUGCACUGCUCUCCAGGCGCAGGUCGCAGCCCUCACCGCACAGAAUGAGCACCUCCAGCAACUGGAGAAGAAUAAGUCCCAGGCACCUGCAGUCAGAGCUGCUGCUGACCCCUCAGAGAAGGUCAAGAAGAUCAUGAACCAGGUGUUCCAGUCUUUGAGGGGAGAGUUUGAGCUGGAGGAAUCUUAUGAUGGCAGGACCAUCCUCAGGACCAUCAUGCAUACAAUCAAGAUGGUGACUCUGCAGCUGUUGAACCAGCAGGAGGAAGAGCAAGGGGAGUAUAGCAGUGAGGAGGAAGAAGAGAAGCCUUCGAGACCUUCCUUGGAGAAGCCAGGUCCCGCCACUCCUGGGUUGUCUCCAGCACCCCCAAGUGGGGAGACGCAGGAGGCACCCAAGGUGCUGUCAGAACAGGUAGCAGGGGAGGCCACCCCACUGCCUCCACAGGAUCUCCCCAUGCCACAGAAUGGUACACAGACAAGGAAAGAGGAGUCCUCAGAAGCAGAGACAUCCUCAGAGAUGAAAGACAGCUCCCUCCCACCUGAGCCCGCCGGCAUCCCAUCCCACAGAGUCCUGGGGCCCCCGACUUCAAUCCCACCUAAACCUCCAGGCCCUGUAACUCUGGAUUCUGAGUGUGAGGAGGCACUUGCUGAUGGCCAGGAAGCAGUGCAGCCCGACAACCCAUUGGGAGAAGAACAUGUCAGGGAAGUAGCCCCAGAUGGCCCACUGCAAGGAAACUCCAGGAGAUUGUCACUGACUCCAGACCCUGAGAAGGGGGAGCCACCAGCCUUAGACCCUGAAAGCCCAGGAGAACCUCAGCCUCCUGAGCUCAGAGAAGUUGAGGAUGUCGGUAGCUCUGGUCCCCCUGAGGCAUUGUUGGAUACAGAGCUUGCUUCUGCAGCUUCAGAAGCACCCCUCAGACACAACCAGGACUCCCAGAACUGCAGUCUUUCUGGGGAUGAAGAGGACGAGCUGUUUAAAGGGGCAACUCUGAAAGUUCCAAGGCCCAAAGUCCAGCCUGAGGAAGAGGAUGAAGACGAGGUGAGCAUGAAGGGACGUCCGCCCCCAACACCCCUUUUUGGAGAUGAUGAUGAUGACGAUGACAUUGACUGGUUGGGGUGAAGACCUAGGGAACAGGCACACAGGUUCCUCUCCCAGCCCUUCCCAAGCAUGAUUUUGCACAGCCGGCCUCAGGUCUCGGUGAGCCUCAGGGUGAGGUCCCGGUGGACAUUCUGAGGACAGUGGUUCAGACAUCUGAGUUAGCUGCCAUCUGAGCCCCUGCCUGACCUGGUGAAGAGGAUCAUGAGCCUGUCUGCAGAACUGGUGGUGUAAAAGCCCUCAGGGAGUGGCCCUACCAUGGAGGAAGGGCUAGGAGGGUCACCUGCAGCCAGUCACAAGCAUCCUGCCAUCUCUCCCAAGCUUUUCCUUUUCAUUCAUUCUCACAUUGACCCAUGAGCCCUCCUGCUCUCUCUCCCUGGGCUCACCAGAGCUACAGCAACAGGCCCUAUGGCCUGGGGAGGCGUCUCCUCAGAGAACCGAGAGAUCAUGCUGGCCUAGCCUGUGGCUCUGGGACAUGUAUCUUCUAUCUCUGCCUUAAAUCUUAUUUUAAAAGAGGUCAAUAAGUAUUUGGAAUUAACAAGACUAAAAUAAAUGCCGACAAUAAAACUUGACUUGGGCCCUCGAGGAGAAACUGAGUUUGGUUUCUAGGGCUGUCAUGCUCCUUCUUGGGACCCUAAGGGAGGGAAGUUGUAACUCGGUCAGUUAAUGUGCACGAAAGCACUGUGAUAUAUUUCUGUUGGCACCUGACCUUGAACUUGAGGACUUUCAAAGAGUCACACUCUGCAGUUCCAGCUGACCACAGCUGCAUAAGGCUCAGGGCAUCGUGGUUAUCUGAGGACCAGUCCCACCCUGUACUGAUUUCUGCAGACUAUAUUGCAGGCUAAGGAGCCAUGCAGGGAAGAGAAGUGGGAGCCUGUAAUAUCCACUGUUCCUGAUAUGAGGGAUUCUUCCAUUGCCUGUGAACCCCAGGGGCCAACAGUACUGCAGAGAAGAGCAGUGAGAAAAUACAUGUGGUCUUUUACAUAUUCUAGGAUCUUCCAAAGACCUUGCAGCCAGUCUUCAAAAGGAAUACUUUUAACAAAAAUGCUCCAUGAUUUUAAAGUUUGUAAGACUGUAUCCUGAAUCCCACUGCAUCUGGCCAUUACCCUUGCAGGCUUUGUGCCGGUCUCCCACAUCUGGGUCUAGGACAAAUCAAGGAAGACUGUAUUAAACAGUUAUUUAAACAAGUUUUUUUAACCUCUA